CAUCGAUACUUGAACCAACCGUUCUCAAUGGGGAUGGCAAAGAGCUGUUAAACUGAGGGCUGGUUUCAUGAAUGGGAGUCAGAUUCCAGACUGGAGAGAGAAGCUGUUUGCUGUCUGCUUCAACGCUCAACAAAGAAAAACAACAUUGAGUGUUAAUUAGAGGGAAUAUUUGACCAGCGGGUCACUCAGACUAGGUUCCCUGCAGCAGAGGGACACUGUGGACACUGAGCGACAUGGAGAGCAGCUGUGAGACUGGGAGACCCUGACGUGGAACAGACUGGCAAAGAAGAAUAACAAGGAACCAUCUGUGGUUGGUUAACAGAGGAGCUGCUGGAUCCUGCAAUGCCAGAAGAAGCUAAUAAGGACGCCAUGAGAACGCCAGCGACCCCAGAGAAGGCCAACAACUCGGAGCACCCCGCAGCCGCCAUGACGACAGUAAACAUCCCUCUGGUUAAUGAAGUCCAGCUGACCGCAGCCACCGGCGGAGCAGAGCUCUCCUGCUAUCGCUGCACCGUCCCGUUCGGCGUGGUGGUGCUCAUCGCCGGCAUCGUGGUCACCGCCGUCGCUUACAGCUUCAACUCACACGGAUCCACCAUCUCCUACUUCGGUCUGGUGCUCCUCUCGGCCGGACUGGUGCUGCUGGCGUCCAGCGUCGUCUGCUGGAAGGUCAGACUGGAGAGGAAGAAGGAGAGGCGACGGGAGAGCCAAACGGCCCUGGUGGCCAACCAGAGGAGCAUUUUCACAUGAACCAGCAGCUUGAACAGAACAAUGCAAAUCCUGUUUUUGAUGGAGAACCAAACGUAGGCAGAUGUUGUCCAGCUUGUGUUGGAUUUCUGACCUGUAUAGCGCUCCGACUGCAGGCUCUCAAUACCCAGAACUCAAAGCUUUGAAGACAUUGAAAGGGAUUUAUUUGUCAAACAGACGUGGAGCAUCUGGCAAGCUGGGAACGCAGCCAAGAGGAAUGUAUCACAAUUAAGAUGAAUUACCACUGUGAAGCAGUGCAGAGGAAGUCUCCCAUUAAUCUGCUGUUGGAUGUGGCGGUUUUGAUUGUUACGGGAGGGAUUGUGGUUAUGAAAAGCCCAGGAAAGAAGAGUGAAACUGCAAAACCCAGGACGAUGAUUCACACCUCAUUUACUAGGCUUCCACUUGCACAUAUCUGUUUAUAAAUUCUCAUUGUUCACGUUACAGGGAAUGGUUAUGAAUUGCCUGUUUUUAAAGUAUGGUACGUGACAUUGACACAGUGUUAUGCACACAGAGGAACUAUUUAACCUUAAAUAUGUAUUCUCUUAAAGCACUUUAAUUCCUUAUAUCCAUUAUAUUCAAUAUUAAACUGCAUUUAUUAACAAUUUCAACAAGUGAUACAUCCACAUUUGGAGUAGUAUUAUUAACUGUGGCAAAUUAGCUGUCAGUGCAUAUGGUAAAAAAUAUCAAAUGUAGCAAAUGUUUAAUUUUAAUGUGACCAUUUGCAUGUAUUAACCUGAGGUUAAAUAAAGUCAUUAUUACUCAAACAUG